AUGGCCUCAUCCACCCAGCCAGUCAUGCUUUCCACCCUCGGCACAUCUGCGACGCCGCAGCAAAAGGUCGUGCAGGUUCUCGUCGCGCGUCUGAAGAACAAGCUGCCGUGCUACUCAGGAGUGUCGCUGGACCAGCUCGAAGCUGAUAAUGCAACACAGCAAGCCAUCGACGCACUGGUGGACCUUGCACACGAUUCCCUCGACUUGAUAGCCUUGGGGCUGAGUGAGCUUUUGGAGAGGCUAGCUCAGGUUCUGUCGCUUGCCAUGGCUGCGAGAUGGAAUCAGAACAUGCGCUCAAGCUCGCGCGCCAGCAACUUUCCCGAGUCGCCCCUCCCUUCAGAUACAGCUAGAAAGGGCCGACCACCGCCAUCGGAGCGCUCGUACACUCCACCACCGUGGUCAGAACCCCCGCCACUGGACGAUCGCAGCGCAAAGUACCUUUUGAGCGUGCUCGUGCUGUUCCUGCGGCAGACAGCAGAGACAGACCCUCUGAUGCUGGCGAGCGGCAUCGCAGAUACGUCGUUUCGGGACUUUGAAUCCACCGAUUUCCUGACGGCGACUCCGUUGCUCGAAGCGCAGAAUGGGGGGCCAGCCAUUCCCUCGGAUAUACCAGAGCUACCUGGCCCGGUGCUUCGCAAUCGUCCCUCAGCGAAUUCCGUGCAGUCCAGCAAAGCAAGCAUCCACUCCGUGAUCCCCAUACCCGCGAACACCCUCACAUAUGAGAAGACGCACAUGACUCUAGCUAAAUCGUCGUUGGCAGUGAACCGGCUUAUAGCCAAGUAUGCUGGACGGAUAAUAUAUCAUCUGUCUGCAUCGAACUGGAAGAUUGUGCUCUCGCGGCUGCGAAGCAAGAUACAUUUUCUAGCAAGUAAUGCGGAAGAGAACAUGGACGUCGUUGAUCUUCAACUACUGGUCCACUGCGCGUUGGAUAAGCACAGGCUUGUCCAGGUAUUGAGCGAGCUUUGCUCGCUCCUCGUCAAUAUGAAGCCCUCAUCCCACAUGGCUAUUUCAGUCCCCCUUCGUCGAGCCCUCUGGAACUGGAUCGAAGUCUUCCCGAACGAAUAUAACGACGUGAUCAAGUCUCGCACGCGACUCGACGGCGCCCCGGAGCGCGUCUUCGAUCUCCUGUACACACUAGUAACCACUAACACCGAGCACAUAUUCUGGCCUACGCUGGCCGUGCUGAAUUGCCUCUCGGUCGAGCGCAUGAACUCCGAAGCGCACCUGCAGCUGUUCACCAGGUUCCAGCCUACGACGACGCGGACUUCCACGAGAAAGGAUAUCAAAUUUUGCGAAGAUAUUCUCAAGCAUGCGAACACGGGGUCGCGGCUGGACGAGAUCGCGGUGGUUUGUGCGUUGGACAUGUGCCGCGCUGCGUCGCGCAUCCACAACGACGGGGAGUACACCCUGCGUGUAAUCGCCAAUGAUAUCGCCCAUGAGAUCAAGGGUUCGUUGUGGCAUACGUUCCAGCGGAAACCCUUCUGGGAGACUUUUGAGGAAGUGGAUAUAGCUAUAUUUUCGGAGGCGUUGGUGGCGGUCUUCAGGUUUUGCAGCGAAGAGGACGCGCUCCAGAUCUUUUCUGCUUGUCUUGAGCCUGAGAGGUCAGAUGCGGUCAAGACGAUCGCCGUUCGCGCUUGUUUGAUAUUGGCGCUUGAGGGAAAGCGCAUAUCAAGCCAGCGGUCUCUGCAAGGGUUGGAGCGAUACUGUGCGCCUCGAUUCCGGAGAAUGUUCAAGGCAUCUGCUACUCGAAGGCCAGAGAUGGACCAGCACAAGAACCCGAAGCGGGCGUCAGCACGACCGAAGGCGAAGCGUUCACAGACGCACCCACUUCCAGAUAGGGAGAAUCUCCUCCUUGGAAUAUUGUCCUUGUGGCGAGCGGAUCCCGCGUUCCAUUUUGAGGGCCUGGAAGUCUCGGAGAACGAGGAUGUUGGGUCAAGUAGCGUGAAGAUCUGGAGCUCAGACACCGAUAUUACUGUCAAGAUAUCCGCGGCGGUGACAGUCAAGUACAUCGCUGAACUGACUUACAAGGCGCAGCCGUCUGAGCCUCACACAGGCGUUAUGCUCUCGCUGCUGAAUCGCGCUUUGUCGUCAACAUUCCUGAGCAUCGUCACAAACCUAUUCCAGUCUCGCCUGGAUUCCGAAGACCAACGCCUGUGGAUGGCCCUCUCGCACCAACUUCUCGAUCUAUACUUACGAGAUGCUGAUAUCGCCAGGGAGGUCCAGCUCAAUCGCAAUCGGCUCCCCGCCCUCGCGCUCGCGGAGAUUGUGUUCCUCGUCUCUCUGACCUCUGCUGAUAUGAUGAUAUCUCAGAUGGCGGGACGCGGCCUGCGGUGUCUGGCGAUUGCGGAACGGCAGCCAGGGGCGCCGCUGGCCCCUGGGUUGACCCCUGAAGCGCGCGCCCACCGCCAGAAGGUGUAUGAUAAGCUAGGAGACCCAAAUAUUGUUGUGGUUGGUCGUGUUGGGCAGCAGAAGAGGAUAAGGAGACUCCUGAGAUCUAUGACGCAUGCGUCGGCUAUGCACAUUGCUGUAUGGGAAGAAUGCUGGGCACGGUGGGCGGCGCUCAACGAAGUCAUCAAGCAGUCGAACGAGGAGCAGAGUGAUAUAAAUGGCUCUAUUCAGGAUACUUUCUUCCAGUGGCAGAAUCUGACACUGUUCUUGGCCUCUCUUGGGGGAGCGUGCCUUCGAGCCGACAAUGGUUUGGUGCCGCUAACUUCAAUUAUUCCUGAGAGUGUGCUUCCGGACAAGAUACGCGCGCAGCAGACACCGCUCAAUGCCGUUCACGCCUUCGUCACUGAGCUGACGGCGAUGUUGAUGUACACUCAUGUGCAAGUACGCGAAGUAGCGAGAGAUGCCUUGGGCUUGGAGCUCAGCCCGCGGCUGUUUCCACAGCUCAUCAAGCAUCUGGAUCCCUUACUCGUUGCCAUUCGAGAUAGCCCCCCGCAGAACCAGAACGAACAACUAUCAUUAUUCUUAGAUCAGGCUUUGGCUGUCCUCAAGCUCAUUGUGGAGAACACGUCACUUCCCCAGGAGGACGUUGCUAAUAUUGACAUAAGCACGACGAUGCAGACGAUCGCGGCGUGCCUCGCUCGGUUCGAUGGUCCCUUGACCUUACGCAUCCGGACGAAGUUCUGUACCCUAUGCGACGCUAUCUGUGAACGCGGGGAAGUCCUGACGUUGCGCAAGGACAGCAGCGUUCGCCAUAACAUUCUGGACAUUGUCAUGGACUGGAUAACGCCUUUGAAUGUCGGUCCCAUUCCCUUGCUGUUUCUAAACGACGUGGGAGCUCAUUUUUUUCAGGCAUACGAGGAUGAACUAGUUAUGCUCCAGCAGGAGUUGAACAUUGCUAGCCUACGGACCGCGGUGAAACUCCUCGACAAACUUCAGCUCAGACCAUUGGAUCACGCAGCAGUGGAUGACCACGUACACGUCGUUUCUAGGUUGUUCAAUCGCUACGCGACUACACUCCUACGUGGACUGGACCUGUGCAAGCUACCGCUUUCGACGUCGGAUGGUGCUUCUGAUGUGAGCUCAUUACAACAGAUGAAUCGGGCAAACCAACGGGAUGCCGAACUUCGUCACCUGGUCAUCGGCGGGCUUACCCAUCUCGUCAGUGCCAACACUGAAAGCGGGUUCAAGCAAUGUCUCCCGCUUGCAUAUGACGCCGACCUCCGUAAGCGUGCUAUAUUUGCACAUGUGUUCGCGCGCGUUUUGGCGCAAGGUGUGAAGUUCGAACCUGAAGACCGUUCUGCGAAGCUGGCGCGACAGAGUCGACUGUGUGAAUUGCUCAAGGGUUCAGACAUGAUGUUAGCGAUGGCAAUUUGUGAAACAUGCCCAGCGUCCGAAAUGGACAACAUUAUAUCUGUUCUCCUCAACUUGUUCGACACUCGCGCCUCGCUCAUGACACUGAUCAAGCUCAUGAUAGAUCGGGAGGUUAUGCAUGCUGAGAGCGAACCGGCUUUGUUUCGUGGUAACACGACGUACACACGGUUUAUCUCUCAGUUUGCAAGGAUUCAUGGCUAUAACUAUCUGCGAAGCCUCAUUAUCCCGCUCAUUAAGAGCAUGACCAGCAUGCCCGCUGGGCAUUCCUACGAACUCGACCCAAGUCGAGCCGCUGACCAAGACCUGGAACAGAAUCGUAAGAACGUCGAGUUCAUUGCAUCUUCAUUCCUUGAAAUUGUGACAUCGUCUAUUCCAACUUUGCCAUCAAUGUUCCGAGAAAUUUGUAGCCAUAUUGCAAAGAAAGUGAGCGAAGUGUGGCCGGAAGCGAAGUUCGCUGCACUCGGUGCUUUCAUGUUCCUUCGGUUUAUCUCUCCUGCCGUCGUCUCCCCCGAGACGGUGGAUGUGGAACUCCCUAGAGAAAACUCCCUAGUUAUCCGCCGUGGUCUGAUGGUAGUCACCAAAGUCAUACAGAAUCUCGCCAACAAUAUCUUCUUUGGAAAAGAGGCGUACAUGGUGGUACUGAACAAGUUCCUCAAGGACAACAUUGACAAUGUCACCCGAUAUCUCAGCGAGCUCAAUGUUCGUGGAUGUUUACAACCCCCUUUAGACGAUACUGACCCCCCUUGUCAGAGGUUCUCCAUAGCUACUGCCGAAGAAGAAGCGGAUGAAUGGUUAGGUACAACUUCUGACGACACAGAUAUUAUCGUCCUUCAUCGCUUCCUGAGCAAGUACACCGAUCAAAUUGGGGCGGAGCUCCUUAGUCAGGCGAAUCCAAGUGAACUCGAUACUUCGCCGUCGACAAAGGAUGCCUGGAAUUCCCUGUGUGCCUUGCUCGUGGACCUGGGCAAACCACUGGAGGCACCUGUCUUGUCUAAUGCAGUCGCUGCGGACCAUCCGGAGUACCUCAGCUUGAUGUCACGGUACGCUCACAAGAACACGACUGCUCUGCAGGACAUCUUCGUCGAGACCAACGGUCAUCCUAAUGAGCCAGCAGUCUUUGUAUUCUUCCUUUCGAGGGUCGACGUGCAAUCUCUGGAUAUCGAACUACUGAUGUACCAUAUCUUCAAAAUAUUGGCACAACCUGUCUACGAAGAUCGUCGCGUGGAAAUCAUCAUAGAUUGCACGUCCUUCACCUCGGUUUCCGAAAUCCCGCUUCAAUGGAUCAAAAUGUCUGCCGAGCUCAUACCACAAGACAUCCGCGUUCGACUAGUUGCAACGCACAUCCUCAACCCGAACGCCAAUACCGUCAGAUAUCUACGGCGGCUUUGCAACGUUUGUUCAGGGACACCACUUGGAGGCGAAAUUCGAGCCUACUCGUCAGUCCAGGAACUGUCGAAUAGUGUAACCCCUCAUGCUCUCGAAGCCCUGUUGGUGCCAUAUGCCCUUGAACGAGAACCGGAGCAGACGUACAAAUCCAUCUCAAUGCGCCAGAUCCAUCAAAUGCGGUUCCCUGUCGAACUUGCCGUUCGCAGUACCCAUCUGCGGAUUACAUCUGUCAAGGCUCAAUCUGUAUCAUACAACAUCUCGUGCAGGUCUACUGAAAUACUACAUCUGAGUGAUAUCAGCGACGUGUAUAGUGUAUCUACGGGUCAUGAACCUCACGAGUUCAUCAUCAGGCAGACUCGUCAGGGUGUCACGCUCUACUUUUCUUCGCCUCAGCGAGAUGCUAUUGUAAAGGCUAUUCGCGUCGCAAAGGGGCAACUAAGGGAUGCACCCCCCGCAAACACGGACAGGAUAUCUAGGUUCUCUAAUGUACCAGCGACUCUCCUUCACGUUGGUUUGUUAUGUCUCGACCAGAACGACGACGAUCUGCGAGGGGCGGCGUAUGAACUUUUGAGUUCUGUCUGUUCGCAUCUGAACUACGACAAGAAUCCUAUUGCUGCUCCCAAAGCCGGCUUUGUGCCUGGAGAUCCAUCUGCUUUCGCUGUGCAAUUGAGCGAACGUCUUGCCGAGUUUGCCCCGGAGCUCACGUUAGACUUCCUCUCCGAAGCCUCUUCCACGAUGGCAACAACGGACAAGUCUUCGCUCGCCCAACGCAUCACUUGCCUUCAAUACAUGAGUCCUUGGGUCAAGAACAUCAUUCACUUCCCGAAUCCCACAAGCCCUUUAUACGAACGUUCUGGUGCCCGCGUACGAGAUUGUAUCAGAGUGCUGGCCGAUUUAACCGUCACUGAUCACGAGAUUUCCCCUUCCAUGUACAAGCUAAUCUGGGCUGAGAUUGGUAAACUGGAUAGUACAAUCAUUAACGUCGUUCUCGAAGAAUUGGUUCGCUCAGCAACGGAUGGUGGGAUUGGUUCCCGGAGAUGUGAUACCAUCGCACGCAUCAUAUCUGCCUUCUCAUCAAUUGGUGUCCGCGGCCGGCUAUAUGCCAAACUACGUAGAGCUCUUAGCAAAACGACGCCCAGGUCUUCUAGUGUCUUGCAAGACAAUCCAAAUUGGAACGAGAUUUCGACCUUGAUUUCCCUAGUUCUUGUUGUUGGAAGCACCGUCAAGCAAACAAGCCACAGUCAACUCUACGUGCCAGAGGUCGUUCAUCUUGUGACUUUGGUAGCCGCAGUUGGCCCCCUCAUAGUUCGCAAGUCCGUUUACGGUAUCGUCAUCAACCUCCUGCAAACUUUGCACUCAGCCAAGCAGGACGACCCUAACGGCGCUGAAUUCUCCCGACUAAUUGACUCCUUCUCACAACCCGACGCAUUGCACCUCUUCGGGCUCCACCGUGCUACACCAACAAGCGACUACUCGAUAUUCGAUCCGCCUAGCGACAAGCUUCAGAUUGAGAACCAGGAAGGUCUUACCAAUUUGUUGAUCAAGGCAAUCGAGGUAGCCUCCGCAUCAAAUGGUAUGCUGAACAUCUGGCGCGCGCGAUGGUUGGGCCUCGUAACAGCAACAGCAUUCCAGCAUUCUCCUGCCGUACAAAUGCGUGCCUUCAUCGCGUUGGGCUGCCUUGCAACAUCGGAUGUGGACGAUGAUUUCCUGUACCAGAUGCUUGUGGCCCUCAGGUCAGCUCUAUCUCAAGCUAACGAAUCGGACACGAUAUCGGUUGUGAGUAUGCUGAGAUGCAUCCGGAAGAUUGUCCCAGCUCUCCCAGAACAAUCUCGAUAUAUCCUUCCUUUGUUUUGGGUAGCCGUCGCCUUAUUGCAAGGCAGUUACAUCUCUUUCUAUAUCGAAGCGACAGACCUUCUACGCGUCACACUAGAGACUAUGGAUGCUCGUGGCAUGUUCCGGGGUGGAUCCAUUGCUAAUACCCUAUUGGACGGUCGAACGGCUUUAGAAGAGGUGGCCUGCCAACUCGACCAACUUCUAGGCAUUUCGUUCGACUCGAAUUUCUCGUUCUCCCUGGCUUCGAUCAUUUUCAAGGGCGAACGACAUACAUCGUUGCGGGAGUCAGCCGAAGCAGUCCUCCGGAGCUUACUGAAUGUCACGGUGCGGUCGUGCGAAAGAGGGAGUGACGAAGAUAAUAUGCAAGAGACGAUCUGUCCCGAUGCCCUUGGCUACUUCUUAGCCCUCUUACCUCUCUCCACUUCCCAUGAAUCGUAUAGCCGACUGCUCCGCGAUUGCAACAUCGACAACUCAUGGGCAAUCAACGGUGAUACCAGAAGCCACCAUGACGGAAACGAGGUCCCAUAUGUUUCUUUGUCCCUCCUGGGGGUUAGCGAUAACAAUACCGCCCUUCUCGUGACUUCUUUCAUUGGGGCAAUACUCGUUAGUGCACAAGGUGAUGAUGCAGAAACCGAAAUUCUGUAUAACCUUCUCUCGGACAUCGCGACUGUCUUCCCUGACUUGAUGAGCUUAACCUACGAAGCUCUCCAAGAUAGAAUCAAGGACACAUUCGCAAACUCCUCCAAUCCUUCGAUUAUUCGCGCGGUAUCGAACAUCUUUCGCAUGUCUCUAACUGACGGACGUUAUCCAACUCUCCGUCCCUCAGCCUCGACACUGAGCGCUGUUGAUGAGGGCCUCCCCCAGGGCCCUGGUCGUCACCACCUAAACGCCCUAGAAGAAUUGAGUAUGCAAGGCCUCGUUAGCGCAUUCACGUUUCUCCCUCCAAACCGAGGGCACGCUACGAAAAUGAUUCAAUGGAUUUCUGACUUGAUCAAUAUGACGAUUCAAUAG